UCUGAUCCCGAGCGCCUUCCUUCCCUCCAGAAACCCACGCGGAAAAAAAAUCGUUCGGCAAUUAGGGUUUCCGGUGAGGCCACGGCGAUUAGGGUUCCGGCGAAGGCGCGCGCUGCCAUGGCGCGGAGCAGGCGCGGAGGCGGCGGCGGGAAGGUGACGCCGAACUUGGUGUGGGACCAGGAGGGCACGCGGGUGCUCAACCUGAGCGUGCUGCGGCGCCUCGACCCCGCCGUCACGGACAUCCUCAUCACCGCCGCGCACGUCGCAACCUACAGCUUUGACGAGGAAAUCCUGGAAUGGAGCCGGAAGCCUGUCGAGGGGUCGCUCUUCGUCGUCAAGAGGAAUACCCAACCCAGAUUCCAAUUGGUCGUCAUGAAUCGUCUAAAUACAGAAAAUCUUGUCGAAGAUGUCUUGACAGAUUUUGAGUAUCAGGUGCAAGUUCCCUAUGUGAUGUACCGUAAUGCAGCAGAAGAAAUUACCGGAAUUUGGUUCUAUAACCCACAGGAAUGUGAAGAAGUUGCAUAUCUUUUUAGUAGGAUACAGUAUGCAUAUUCUAGGGCGUCUCCCAAGGCAAAUCUUUCUUCCAAAAGUGGGUUUGAAGAGCUGGAAGCAGCGUCUGGGCCAUCUGCUGUACCUGCUGCUCAAGAUACUCUAGAACAAUCGACAUCCCCUACCAUGGUACCAGAUGAUGUUAACGAGUUUGUGGCAGCCAUUUCGAAGGCAGAUGCAUGUGUAGAUGAUAUGAUUGGUGGAACCAAGACAGUACGACAAAACCAAUCUUUGAGGACUGUUCCUUCUCCUAGUCAUGAAUCACAUAGUGCUAGUGCAUCGCAGCCUUCCGCCUUCCACAAUCUGCUUCCUUCACGAACUUUGUCAGUUCCUGUGAGGCCCUUCGAUGCUCAUAUAUCUAGUUCUACUACCAUCCAACCUGCAAGUCUUGUAAAACCAGCACUCCUUGCACCCAUGGCAUCUACACAGACAACAAUGGCUAAUGCUUCUUCUUCACUGUCUGUCGUUCCUCCACUUCAUCCUCCUCUUGCUCUUCAUCAGCCGCAAAGUGCUCCCUUGCACCAGCCCUUCCCACUACCCACUGUAUCCCCCUCUCCGCUAUAUGGCACGCCGUUACUUCAACCAUUCCCACCACCAAAACCAUCACCAUUGCUUACCCCAGCAGCAUUUUAUGGCCUAGUCCUGACAAGAGACCAAGUUAGGGGUGCACUGCUGAGGCUUGUUCAGAAUGAUAAUUUCAUCGAUAUGAUCUACCUGGAGAUGGUAAAGAGACCGUACCCUUGAAGAGAUGGGUUGUGUCUGCUGCAGCCGUUUUUUGUGUUUCAGGUGUUGCCUUUUACCAAGCCUUUGUUGGCAGAUCUAAGAAACGUACAGGAUGAGUUUUAACAGUACUGUUUGAGCUGUAGUCUGACGUGUGAAACGUAGAUGCUGAUACUUUGAACAACAUUGUUUAGUGGUUUGAGCUGUAGUUUCAACCGUUCUGAAGCCAAGGUAAAUGUUCAAUGGCAUACAGCCUGCACCCAACAUGUGAGGUGGUGAACUUGUGCUCGAAUGCCUUGCAUACUUCUGAA